AUGAUGUCAAGCCUCGGGGAAGCUAAAGAUCUCGAUUUAUCUAUCGAAGACGAAUUGAACGCGAGGCGUGGCUAUACAGCUGCUGUGAACAACCCUAAAGUAUCCAGAAAGUCCAAGCGUAAUGCGCUGGAUCUUCUCAAUGAUGAGAUUGACGGGGAUACACCUCGACAUUACCUUGAUGAGGCUCCUCCAGACCAGAGCACCCCGAGCGGUCUAGGUAAUAUGGAAAGGACUAAACGCAAGUCUCACCACACCAAUCAAAGCGAAAAUGGCUCGUCGAGAAUUGAUUAG